UUUUUACAAAAAUUAUAAAAUUAAUCUAACGAUCCAUCUCGCUUUCUAGAUUUUCCAUCUUUCUAACCCUCUUUCUCAUAAAAUUUCACCCUUCCCUUUAUUUUCUCGCAAACCAAACAAACCCAUCACGCACCGGGGAGAGAAAGAAAGAAUAAGAAGAUCAGAUUUUUUUUUCUCUUAGGUCUCUGCAAAAAGGCGAUGGCUUGGAGAAGCCUAAUCUCUCAGGUAUCAAGACAGCAAUCACGGUUGGGACAAUAUCGGAACUCGUUUAGUAAAGCUCAUCUCUCUGGUAAUAGGUUUUUGAGUGGCCAAAAUAGGUUUAGGUCAAGCUAUGCAGUCAAUUUAGGUCGCAGACUCCGAGAUGCUGACGAAGCUAGUGAAGCUGCUAGUUUAAGAGAAAUUUACCAUAGAAAUGAUCCUGAAGCAGUGAUAAGACUAUUUGAAAGUCAGCCAUCAUUACAUUCUAAUCGUUCUGCACUUUCUGAGUAUGUUAAAGCAUUAGUCAAAGUUGACAGGCUUGAUGAAAGUGAGUUACUUAAGACAUUGCAGAGAGGUAUCUCCAGUUCAUCAGUGGAGGGAGAGAGUAAAAGUGGCCUUUCAGCUUUUCAAAAUGUGGGAAAAUCGACAAAAAAUGGUGUCUUAGGAACUUCUAGUGCUCCUAUCCACAUGGUGACUGCAGAAGGAGGGAAUUUUAAAGAUCAAUUGUGGCGUACUUUUCGUAGUAUUGCACUUGGCUUCUUGUUGAUUUCUGGUGUUGGAGCACUUAUUGAGGAUAGAGGGAUUAGUAAAGGACUUGGUCUACACGAAGAGGUGCAAGUUGUAGAAUCUAACACAAAAUUUAAUGAUGUCAAAGGAGUUGAUGAGGCAAAGGCAGAGUUAGAAGAAAUUGUCCACUACCUUCGAGAUCCUAAGCGUUUCACUCGUCUUGGUGGCAAGCUUCCAAAAGGUGUCUUACUUGUUGGUCCACCUGGCAAUGGGAAAACUAUGUUAGCAAGAGCUAUUGCUGGAGAGGCCGGGGUACCUUUCUUCUCCUGCAGUGGCAGUGAAUUUGAAGAGAUGUUUGUUGGAGUUGGAGCUCGAAGAGUGAGAGAUCUUUUUGCUGCUGCAAAGAAGCGAUCCCCAUGUAUUAUAUUUAUUGAUGAGAUAGAUGCCAUAGGUGGAAGCCGUAAUCCAAAGGACCAGCAGUACAUGAGGAUGACUUUGAAUCAGUUGCUUGUCGAAUUGGAUGGAUUUAAACAGAAUGAAGGAAUCAUUCUAAUUGCAGCCACCAAUUUUCCAGAAUCAUUGGAUAAGGCACUGAUUAGACCUGGACGAUUUGACCGCCGCAUCAUUAUUCCUUAUCCAGAUGUUGAAGGCCGGAGGCAGAUUCUGGAAUCCCACAUGUCAAAGGUAUUGAAGGCAGGUGAUGUUGAUUUAAUGAUCAUUGCUAGAGGUACUCCUGGAUUCUCUGGUGCUGAUCUUGCAAAUCUGGUCAAUGUUGCUGCAGUGAGUGCUGCAAUGCAUGGCGCUAAAGAAGUGACAAUGGUAGAUUUGGAGUACGCAAAGGACAAGAUCAUAUUGGGAAGUGAACGAAAGUCAGCUGUCAUUUCUGAAGAGUCACGAAAAUUGACUGCUUUUCACGAGGCUGGCCAUGCUCUUGUUGCCAUCCAUACGGAGGGGGCACUUCCUGUUCACAAAGCAACAAUAGUCCCUCGAGGGAUGGCUCUUGGAAUGGUGUCCCAGUUGCCUGAGGUGGAUCAAACAAGCUUCUCCCGAAAACAGAUGCUUGCUAGGCUCGAUGUUGCAUUGGGUGGUUGGGUUGCAGAAGAGCUCAUCUUUGGAGAAAACGAAGUUACUUCCGGUCCACGCUCAGAUCUUGAGAAUGCAACUGAACUGGCCAGAUCCAUGGUUACAAAGUAUGGCAUGAGUAAAGAAGUGGGACUUGUUACCCAUUCUUAUAAUGAUGAUGGUCGGAGCCUAAGCACCGAGACUAGACAUCUUAUAGAGAAAGAAGUGAAGUACUUACUGGAGAAGGCUUAUAACAAUGCAAAAACCAUCCUCACUACCCACAGCAAAGAACAUCAUGCACUUGCUAAUGCAUUGCUCGAGCAUGAGACACUCACAGGAGCUCAGAUUAAUGCUCUGCUGGCGCAGGUUAACUCUCAGCAGCAGCAACAAGAACAGCAUCAAGAGGUGAUUGUAGCACAGAAUGGACCUCAGUCCAACCCAGUACCACCUAGUCCUAGUCCAGCUGCAUCAGCUGCAGCCGCAGCAGCCGCCGCAGCCGCAGCGGCAACUGCUGCAGCUAAAGCCAAAGGUGUUGCUCCUGUUGGAUCUUAGCAUGCAAGGCACUGGUAGAGGCACAAUCAGGUAGUUAUUUCUCGAAUUGAAUGUACACAUACAUAUUCUCAAGCCUUUUUGAGUUUGUAGCUUUGCAUGAUUACUGCCACUGGGUUUUAUCUGUUUAUAACCCUGUGUCUGAUGUGACUGAAAGAUGUAGAAGAUGAAUUAUAUGGCAGCUGUGUCGUAACGAUAAGUAGCAUUAACUUGAGUAAUAGAAAAAUGCAUGGCAUCACCCUUCCCCUUGCCCACGUUCUUUUUUGGGGUUUCCCCUUUUGAUUAAACAAUUUUCUUCAUACACUGAUAAUGUUCCAUUUAAGGGUUUACCCUCCUGGGGAUUUGUUUGUAAAGCGUUGAUAAUAAAGUACCUUUUGAUCGCUUUC